AUGAACCACAAAGCUGUGGAUAGUUGUAGGAAGUACAAUCUCAGGAUUGAUUUGGAGGGUGGAUUACCCCGAGUGAGAUAUGAUGUUGCCGAGGGUUAUGCCGGAUGCUGUUAUUUGGAGAAUGGAACUGUUCUUCAUCAAUUAUCUCGAUAUCAUUCUGGAUACCUUGUUGAAAGGUUCUAUCCAUCAUACCUGCUCAUCAACAAAACACACCUCACAAUCAUAUUAGUUGCCGAUGACCGACAAACUCGACACUCAUCCAAUCCCAAUAACUUACAACCAAUUAACAUCAAAUCUCAUUCAAAGACAUCCGACUUCACACUAGAAUUCACAGCUACAAUUUGGAUUUGUGACUCAUUCACAACAUAUGUCACAGCGAUACUUGAAACUCCGUGUAUCGAUUUAAGAAAAGACAUGACAUCAAAGUACAUGAUUACUGCCGAAUUCGAAUACUGGGCUCGAGAUAUCUUUUUACGUUGA